AUGCGUCCGCUUGGGCACAUAGCGCAUCACCUAGUUCUCUGUGUUGGGUGUGCGAAUCGGUGCGCUUUCCACCGAGGUGCCGCAUGGAGCGCCGCGCAUGAAACCACCGCUGCAUCUUGGAUGUGGACGAAGGAAGAGCAGUGAGCAAAAAAAAAUUCAUUCCUGCGUUUUCCCGAAGGUUUCAGCCCUUGGGGAAAUCUGAAAAAUGUCUUCGACUCUCGAUUUGGAGAAAGGCUGCUCCGUCGACCAACUUCUCCACGGCUGCAUCGAAGCCUUCGAUGAUGAAGGCAAAGUCCGGGACCCGCAGCUGGUGCGCAUGUUCCUCAUGAUGCACCCUUGGUACAUCCCUUCCUCGGAGCUGGCUACAAAAUUAUUCCAAAUUUACCAGGAAUCGGAUGGGUCCGAAAACAGCUCCCUCCAGAUAAAAACAUGCCACCUGGUGAGGUACUGGAUCUCGGCAUUCCCGGCAGAAUUCGAUCUCAACCCCGAACUGGCCGAGCAGAUCAAGGAGCUGAAGGUGCUCCUGGGCCGGGAAGGCAACGAGCGCCACAGCAGCCUCAUCGACAUUGAGAGCGUACCUACUUAUAAAUGGAAGCGGCAAGUCACGCAACGCCAGCCGGCCGCACAAAAGAAGCGCAAGACGUCGCUGCUCUUUGACCACUUGGAGUCCGGGGAGCUGGCUGAGCACCUGACGCACCUCGAGUAUCGCUCGUUCAGCAAGAUCCUGUUCCAGGACUACCACAGCUUUGUGAUGCAUGGCUGCACAGUGGACAACCCCAUCCUGGAGCGCUUCAUCACCCUCUUCAACAGCGUCUCCCAGUGGGUCCAGCUGAUGGUGCUGAGCAAGCCCACCGCCCAGCAGCGGGCCCAGGUCAUCACCCGCUUCGUCAUGGUGGCCCAGAGGUUGCUCCAGUUGCAGAACUUCAACACCCUGAUGGCCGUGGUCGGCGGGCUCGGGCACAGCUCCAUCUCCCGCAUGAAGGAGACCCACAGCUUCGUCAGCCCGGAGACCACCAAGGUCUGGGAGUCGCUCCUGGAGCUGCUCAGCUCGGCCGGGAACUACAGCCGCUACCGGCGCCGCUUUGCCGAGAGCGUGGGCUUCAAGUUCCCCAUCCUGGGGGUCCACCUCAAGGACCUGGUGGCCGUCCACGUGGCCCUGCCCGACUGGCUGGACCGGGACCACACCUGCCUCAACGGGAACAAGAUGCAGCAGCUGUUCACCAUCCUGAGUGAGCUGGCCAUGGUCCAGAGCAUCCGCCCGCCCUUCGAGGCCAACCCCGAUCUGCUCAACCUUCUCAUGGUCUCCUUGGAUCAAUACCAGACGGAGGAAGAGAUCUACCAGCUCUCCCUUCAACGGGAGCCUCGGAACAAGUCCACGCCGUCCAGCCCCACUUCGUCCACUCCGCCUCCGCAGCCGGUGAUGAUGGAAGCCUGGGCUUCGGCCCCCAAACCCAAGCCGGACCAGGCAAUUGUGCGCAAACACAUCGAGAAGAUGGUGGAGUCCGUUUUCCGGAACUUCGACGUGGACGGAGACGGGCACAUUUCCCAGGAAGAGUUCCAGAUCAUCCGGAAUAACUUCCCGUACCUUUGCAAAUUCGGAGACCUGGAUGAGAACCAGGACGGGUGCAUCAGUCGCGAAGAGAUGAUCUCCUACUUCAUGAAGUCCAGUGCGGAUCUCAAUGGCAAGAUGGGCUUCAUCCACAGCUUCCACGAAACCACGUUCCUGCGCCCCGUCGCGUGCCGGCAUUGCAAAGGACUGAUCCUUGGACUCUACAAACAGGGGCUCAAAUGCCGGGCCUGUGGGGUGAGCUGCCACAAGCAGUGCAAGGAGCUCCUCUCGGUGGAGUGCCGCAAGCGCACUAAGAGCGUGAGCCUGGACGGUCCGGCCGGCCUCCCUGCCCGCUCCUUCAGCUUCUCCCUCCCGCGCCCGGGAAGGACUUCCUUGAAGCACACAGAAAUCCAAGAGGAAGACACACAGGCCGUGGAGGACGGGGUCUUUGACGUCCACCUAUGAGGAGCUGCCUGGAGUCAAGGCAUCAGAACUUUCUCCUCCUUUCGCCGCCAACCGGUUCUCCGCCGUCUUCCAGUGACCUCGCUGCCCUUUUGAGUGGAAAUUGUGUGUUUUUGGGGUGUUUUGGGUGGGUGGGAGGGUGGGUGGGUGACACAGAAAGCCCAGUGGUCUCGUGGCUCCCGCCGUCAGUCUACCCCCAAUAUGUAUAUUUGUACCAGGAACUGGAUUCAACCGUGUAAUGAUAAUUAUUAUUAUUAUUAUUAAAAAUGUACACUUCC